UUUAGUCUGGUCUCCGCCUUUGAAACCCAAUUCGAAAAUGAAAUUCAAGUAUCAAAAGAAACACAAACCACUCAAAUCGAUUAAACACGCUCUUCGACACUUGGCACACGCUCUGGGCAAGGCUGUGCUAUAUUUGGGCACUCCUCCCUUGUGUCCGGUCCAUCAGAAUGGCGUUUUAACCCAACUCCACUGCCAGUACCUGGGCUGCUGUCCGUUGUGCAAUCUGUGCGGUUUCUCGGGCGUCGCAGCGAGAUAUUCGAGACAGUUUUGUUUGUGCUACUGUUUUUGUGGUUUAUGCGAAUGUGUCAGUGUAACACAAAUAUACAAAAAAAAAAAACAGAAUCGAAGCAUGUCCGGCGCACAAAACGGUUGCACAAAAUGCCAACCGCAACAUAAUUGA